AUGCCGUGGCUAAGUGGCGGCCGGCGGCGACGGCGAGGACAGUCGCGGGAGGCCCCGCGGGAGCCGCCGGCGUCCACGCAGUCCCAGCGUGAGCCGCCGCCGUCGGCACCCCCGGCCGCAGUCCCCGCACCUACGGUGCCCACCGCGCCGCAGCCGACGCGUGCCCGAGAGAGCGCCGAGCUGCCACUGCCCGCCGGCUGGGAGGAGGCUCGCGACUACGACGGUCGUGUCUUCUACAUCGACCACAACACGCGCCAGACGUCGUGGAUCGACCCUCGCGACCGGAUAACAAAGCCAUUGACCUUUGCCGAUUGUGUUGGGGACGAACUUCCUUUAGGAUGGGAAACUGUAUAUGAUAAACAAAUUGGAAUUUAUUAUAUGGACCACAUAAAUAAGCUUACCCAGAUUGAGGAUCCAAGAGAGCAGUGGAGGCGAGAGCAGGAACGGAUGUUGAAGGAGUAUUUAAUUGUAGCCCAGGAGGCUCUCAAUGCCAAGAAAGAAAUAUACCAGAUCAAGCAACAGCGGUUCGAGCUGGCCCAGGAGGAAUACCAGCAGCUGCACAAACUGUGUGAGGACGACAGCCGCUCGUAUGCUAGCUCCUUCUCAGGAUAUUCAACAAAUACAAAGUAUGACCCACACCAAAUUAAAGCCGAAAUAGCAAGUCGUCGGGAUAGGCUUUCCAGAUUAAAACGAGAGCUGACCCAGAUGAAGCAAGAACUACAGUACAAAGAAAAGGGCGUGGAGACCCUGCAAGAGAUUGAUCGGAAGAUGUCAAGUGCUCACACCAACUAUAAACUAGAUGAAGCACAGGCUAUAAUGAGUGAGCUGCGCACCAUCAAGAAAGCCAUUUGUACGGGUGAGAAGGAACGGCGAGACCUGAUGCAGAGCCUGGCCAAACUUACUGAUAGCUUUAAGAAUAGCUGCUCUAUUACCGACUCUAUCCAAGAUUUUUCUCACAGUGCAGGCGCACUUGGUGAUUCUGGUGUCUCUCAACAGUUCUGUGAUGCUGGCUCUCAGACUGAUACCAUGGGAGAGUUUGUCUUUGAUGACAAAACAAGACUUGUAGACCGAGUCAGACUUAAUUGGCAAUAUGAGGAAGCCCGAAAGAGGGUCGCAAACAUUCAGCAGCAGCUGGCCCAGCUUGCUAAUGAGUCGUGGCCAGGCAUGGCUGAGGCCGACAGGGACCGGCUGCAGCUCAUCAAAGAGAAGGAGGCCCUGCUUCAAGAACUGCAGCUCAUCAUUCAGCAGCGGAGGUCGGCUGAAGAUGUGGCCAGGCUGGAGGAGGAGAAGAGACGCUUGGAAGAAGAGAUCCAGCGUGCGCGCGCCACAUCUGCACAAGGAGCAACAGAAAGGAUUCUACUUCAAGAAAAAAGAAAUUGUCUACUUAUGCAGCUGGAAGAAGCUACCCGCUUAACAUCUUAUCUCCAGUCCCAGUUAAAAAGCCUGUCUGCCAGCACCCUGACAGUGUCCUCUGGGAGCAGCCGCGGGUCCCUGGCCUCCAGCCGGGGAUCACUGGCCUCCAGCCGCGGUUCGCUGAGCUCAGUCAGCUUCACCGACAUCUACGGCCUCCCUCAGUACGAGAAGGCCGAUGCUGAGUGCGGCCAGCUUCUACGCUUCGAUCUGAUUCCUUUUGACUCCCUGGGACGUGAUGUCCCCUUCUCAGACCCUCCAGGCCACCCGGGCUUCCACAAGCAGAGGCGGUCCCUGGACACGCCCCAGUCGCUGGCAUCACUGUCCUCCCGCUCUUCCCUGUCCUCUCUGUCGCCCCCCAGCUCGCCCCUGGACACACCUUUUCUCCCGGCCUCGCGGGACUCUCCUCUGGCGCAGUUAGCGGAUGGUUUUGAAGUGCCAGGCCUGGGUGCCCUAGACAGACUGCGAGCACAGGCCUCUGCUUUGGGGGAUGAAGAUUUGCAGGGCACUGCAUUACUUCAACCACACGGAUUCUCUGGGGAUGGGGAAGGACCUCGUGAGCGUGGACCCCAACUGGUUGGGGCUCCCACCAAUACAACAGUGACUCUGCGGGAAGACAGUGCCAAGAGAUUGGAGAGGAGAGCGCGCCGUGUCUCCGCAUGCCUGUCGGAUUACUCACUAGCCAGUGAUAGCGGGGUAUUUGAACCUCUAACCAAAAGGAAUGAAGAUACUGAAGAGUCUGCUUUUGGAGACACAUGUGGUAAUGACGACCCCCAGAUUCACGUGGGAUUUCUGCAUGACAGUGCCAGCGAAUGUCUUCUUGUGCACGUGCUCCAGCUGAGGAACUUUGCUGGGCUGGUAAUGAAGGAAGACUGUAAAAUCCACGUCCGCGUCUACUUGCCCCCGCUCGACUCUGGCACCCCCAACACUUACUGCUCCAAGGCUCUGGAAUUCCAAGCCCCGCUGGUGUUUAAUGAAGUGUUCAGAAUCCCUGUGCAUUCCAGCAUGUUGACGUUGAAGUCACUUCAAUUAUAUGUGUGUUCAGUGAAUCCACAGCUGCAGGAAGAACUGCUGGGCAUUGCUCAGAUUAAUUUAGCUGAAUGUGACAGUUCAGGCGACAUGCAGCUGCGCUGGUACCCUGUGCAGGUCUUCGCCAGCUCGGAGCCACCGAGGUGGAGGGAGAAUGGGCGUGCUGGGGAGAGUGUCUCACGGGACCCUGGGCAUGCCAGCUUGGGAAAGACGGAUGCAGUGACGGUGUUACUGGCUCGAACCACAGCGCAGCUGCAAGCCGUGGAGAGAGAGCUGGCCGAGGAACGGGUGAAGCUGGAGUACACUGAGGAGGAGAUCCUGGAGAUGGAGAGGAAGGAAGAGCAGGCCGAGGCCAUAUCUGAGAGGAGUUGGCAAGCUGACUCGGUUGACAGUGGCUGUAGCAACUGUACCCAGACCAGCCCCCCAUACCCAGAUCCCUGUUGUGUCAGUGUCAACUCCAUCCAUGGACACACAUUUACUGGCCAGGCAGAUCCUUACAGCUCUGAGAAGCUUCAGCCCCCACCUCUUAAGGUCGACAAGGAAACCAACACAGAAGAUCUCUUCCCAGAAGAAGCAGUGAGCAUCCUGAAGGAGCGGCCCAGCCGCCGCACCCGUGGGACACCUUUUGUUCGUAGUAGCACGAUUGUACGUUCUCAGACCUUUUCACCUGGAGCACGAAGCCAGUAUGUUUGCAGGCUUUAUCGUAGCGACAGUGACAGUUCAACACUGCCCAGGAAGUCCCCCUUUGUGCGAAAUACUUUGGAAAGACGAACCCUUCGCUAUAAACAGUCCUGUAGGUCUUCCCUGGCUGAGCUCAUGGCCCGCACCUCCCUGGACCUGGAGCUGGAUCUCCAGGCAUCUAGAACACGGCAGAGGCAGCUGAAUGAGGAGAUCUGUGCUCUCCGGGAGCUGAGGCAGAGGUUGGAAGAUGCCCAGCUCCGAGGCCAGACCGACCUCCCGCACUGGGUGCUGCGAGAUGAGCGGUUCCGCAGCCUGCUGAAGGAAGCAGAGAGGCAGACACGACAGACCAAACUUGACUAUCAUCAAGAACAAGCAGCUGAGAAGAUGCUAAAGAAGGCCUCCAAAGAGAUCUAUCAGUUGCGCGGGCAAAAUCACAAAGAGCCCAUCCAAGUGCAGACCUUCAGGGAGAAGAUAGCAUUUUUUACAAGACCAAGGAUUAACAUACCUCCUCUCCCAGCCGACGACGUUUGAUGUAGUGCAUUGUGCACAGAAGUAUUUAUCUGCCUGUUUUAUUUUCAUGAAGUUCUUAGAUUAGCUAAAUUUGUCUUUAAAAUAUUUGUGCAAAGCUAUUAAUAUACACAUUUUGUAAAAAAA